AUGAUCAACCCUAUCAUCCCGAUUCAAGUACGUGUGCACUCGGAGACCGGGUUGUCAACGCCCGGCUUGACCGUCGGCCACGCCGAGAAACCUCAAUCCCAACAAGAAAGUGAACCCGGUCUGGCCGCCGUUGCGCGGCCAAAAGAAAGAGACUACCUUACGGGGUUUGGUACACUAGGUACUCGUAGGCGACCAUCGUUGCAAAUGUUAGAAAAGACGUGCCAAUGCCAAACUCUAAUAGCGACCUUAUCUCGAAACAACGUCACCCGUGGCCUAGGCAAAGGGGUUGCAACGAUACUCGCUCCCACACUCCGUACUGCAUACUUGAUGUAG